AUGAGUAAUGGAAGUAAUACAUAUGAAAUUCAGCAGCAACAUGACAAUUAUGAAAUUAAAAGACUUCAACUACAAAAUAAGCAGCUUGCUAUGCGGAAUGAGAAGCUUUUGCAGCAGGUGGCAGUUCUUCAAAAUGAAAUGUCUAACGCACAUCAGCAAAUGACUAUGUUGAGAAAUAAAGAAGCAAGAAUGAAGGGAAGCUUUCGAAAGUCGAUCGGUGCCAUCCGUGGAACAAUAAUAUCUAAAUUCGGAGAUUUAAUGGCCCAAUUCGAUAGUGAUGUGGAUCAAUUAGGAAUAGGAUAUGAGCAUUCUACAUAUCUUCCCGUAGGUUAUCAUGGAGUAUCUUCCUCAAAUACACAUAGAACUUUGCCGGAUCCCGCCGGAUACUUGAAAGGGAUGAAUGAUUACAUUCAUCAAAGGAUAAUAUCCACAUCUAAGAAUUCUAGCGGAUCUGAAUUAACUGUUUAUGGUCAAAAUUCUGAUAAAAACGAUAGGAAUAAUGAAAAUGGAAACGCUUCAGGUGUAAAUAUUAUCUCUGAGACUAUCCAGGAAAAGGAACAAGCCAAUGGUGAUACAAGUGAAACUAUUCCAGAAAAUGAACAGGUUGAUGAUCAUGCCUUUGAGCCUAUAUUGGAGGAAAAUUCAGAGGAAAGUUCAAGUGAUGCAAAUUUAAAUGAAAGUCCAACAAAGCUCGAAAAUCCGCCGGAAGAGAUGCAAUCAGAAGAUUCAAGCGCUGACACAAGUAAAUUUAACGAUUUUUCAUCAUCAAAUUUGGAUUCAACAGGUGCAACGUCGAUUUCUGCUUUAAAAGUAACCGAUACUAAGGAUAUAAAGCUUCUUCCUGCACCUUAUGAAGAUGCUCCUGAAAAUGUUCCACAGAAAAAGGAGCCCGUUACACUCUCCCCUCUGGGAGAAAGUAUUACAAAAGAUGCAAUUCCAAUUUUGUCGUUCUCCGAAAAGGAUAAGGGAUUGACUGAGUCACCUCAAAGUCCGGAAAAGUCACCAAUAUUCAGAAAUACAGAAGAUAAAACUGAAGAAAAUGCGUAUGUUGCUAAUUCAAGUGAGGCAAACAAGCCUAGCACGUCAUAUUCAACAGUCGAAGAACCGGAAUUGGAUCUCAUGGAUGGAAUAGACUCGGGUGAGGCGCAAUUUGAAAGUGAAAGUGCUCGUAAUGAGGAAGAUGAUGAGCAGAAUGGAGUAACAAACGUUCCUUUGACUGAAAAUCCAUUCAAGGAUCCAAGAUCAAAGACUAAGAUUCGUAUUGUGAGGUCUCCUAGGAAGAAACAACAGAGAAGAAGAAGAAAACGGCUGAGUGGAUUAUCCAGAGAGCUUAAAAAUCUUCAGUUUGAGAUGCCUCUAUCAUGGAGAGAUCAAGGGGGCGAAAAGCCCAGAAAGGUUGAAAAGAGACGCAAUAGUUUGGUUGAUAGUGAUUUGGAAAGUGAGCAAGAGCCAGGGGAUGUCUCCAUUGUCAAUAUCGAGGCUGAUAACUCUGGUGAUGACGAUUACAAAAGCUCAAAGCCAGCAGAUCUUGAUCCUGUCGAUGUUAUGGCAACCAGUGCAAGGCGCAGAAAGCUGUUUAUGGAUGGUCCUAUUAGUAAAAAGAGACGCAUUACCGAUUAUGGAAAGAGCAGUCAAAAGUUGAAUGUGCUAAAGGAUGUUACAAAUAAUCUUGAUCGAAAUUCCAGUGGUAACAGCUCGAGGCGCAGUAGUAAGAAGACAGGAGGAUCAAUAUUUGACUUGUUGGAUGAAGAAGAUGGAAAUCGGGGUGAAAACAAUAAGGAGAAUGUGGUACCUUCGAAAAAGCAAAGCAAAAAGAUACGGCAGACUACAAAUAAAAGACGCAGAAAGCGUAAAAGUAAGAAGUCUGCAGCUAGUGUGCCGAAAAUGAUUAGUGUGUAA